AUGGAAGGCAAAAUGUUGAGGAAAUUUUUAUCCAAAUCUCGAGCACAAAUCGAGGCCUUGAGAGAGAAGAGAAACGAGGAAGCCUCCCACUUGACAGCCUCGAUCUUUUCCGAGCGCUUCUCCGAGCUCUGGGAGGAGAUCGAUAUCCUCAAGGGCACAAACGAGAGCAACGCGAAAAUUUGGGGCAUGUUGGAAAAGAAGCUAAGAGAGUUGGAUAUUCAGCUCCAGCACUUGUGGGCAUUAUCGGAAGCGUGCCAGGUAAAGGAAAACAUGCUGUACUCGGCGAUUUGCGACCUGGAGGCUUCGAUGGACGAGCUGAAGCAUAAGGUGGCUAAGGGGGAGCUAAAACUGGAGGAUGGAUGCUUGAUUUCAUCCGAGACUAAUUUAAAUAUUACUAAGGAAAUGGAGCUUAUGGGUUCUCGAGUCGUGUUAUCGGCGAAUGCUUUGACCCAAACAGCCCUUGAGACAAGAUUAUGUGCGAAGGAGGUUGUUGUUAGGAGCGAUCGGAUAAGGGAGGCUUUGCAGACUGUGAUCAACAGGGAAGGUCUUCAGGAUAAGGUGGAGAAAUUAUUAGAGGAUGCUAUCCCAAACGACGAUGAGAUUCGGGCUUCAUGUUCGACAAGCGACAGCUCGAAUUUAGUUUCACAGGUGGAGGCCGAGAGAUUGAACAAGAAUGAGAAUUAUAAGAGGAUGUGUGUAUUCAUGGCAAUUCUUGUUGUGGUCCUAUCAGGUCUAGCUGCACCUUUGUUUCACUCCAAGAUUAUAGUCCUUUAA